AUGUCCGCGAGGCCCAGUAAACUAUGGCACCUCGAAGAAGACGAUCUCUCGAGUGAGAAAACGACCAACGUGGAGCCGGUGAGAUGGCACAAACAGGACUUUGUUAAGUUCACCCAAUCACCGCUGACUGGCUGGAGUUUGGAAAGCAGACGGUCUGAUGACGCAGACAGUGAGAAAUUCAAGCUUAUCGACGACUACGCAGACAGCUCGGCGGUGGAAGAUCGAGACCAGGGGAUAAUGCAAAAAUUCAAGAACGUCGGUGGAGCCCUUCGUGCUUUCGCGCUGUUCGCUACUAGACAGUCGGGCAUUGGUCAGGCUAGUCAGGCACCCAAUGAAAUAAGCAUGACAGCCAAUGCUCAGUCGCGGAUCCAAGUUCAAGCGUCAAGAGCACCUCAACGACGGUCAACUCCAGCUGACGUGAAUGCAGUUUGGCGCGGAGCCGAGCAUGACCUAUUCCACUCAGACGUCGCAAGCGAUGCUGAGGCGCUGCACAUAGCCGCCGAAUUCAUGACUCAUAAGUUCGGUCACGUGCCCGGUAUCUACGACAAGUGGCGGAAAUGGUUAACGCCUGUUUGUGACGCAGAACGACGCAUGCGCGAUAUCAACAAACGCUUCGAGGUGGAGUAUCGAGUCAAUGUGAACGACUUCGAACGAUCGCUGCGUCCUUCGGCCAAGUCCCUACGCCGAAAUAUUAGGCAGCUCUUGCACAAGGAAUUCGCUCCAAUUAACAACAGGAGUUGGCACGAAAAACUUGGGAAACUGCUUAUUCGCAAGGGCAGGGUAGACAUGACGAGUCAUCUGCGACAACUGGAAGAGAAGGAGAGGCGAAGGCAGGCGGAGCUGCUUCAGAUGGGAGUCAUCAAGAAAAAUCCUGCUGCCCUGCAGCCAGCCGACGCCACCAUCAUCAAGGGCGUCAAGGGGUUAGGGGGUCAGAGGAAGGCCAAAAGGAAGGGACCUAUGGCGUUGCGAAUAAUCGAUUACCUUGACAAUCCACGCAUGGAUGUGACUGGGCCGGAUUUGAGCCAAUUGUUGUCCACAGUUAAAUCUCGAGUAACAGAGUCCGAUAUGGUACGCUCAAGGUCACGUGGGGCUUACGAUGCUCCACGCACACCAUCGCCAGAGACGGUCCGUGCGUGGAAGGCGUCAAUUUACAGACGAGCACCCAGGAAGACACUGAUAGUACCUCUUGGGGAUGAGUGUCUGCGUAAUCUUGACCUUCUUGAAGCGCCGUCCAAGGAGUCCACCGAGGAGGAAGGAGCCGAUUCCCAGUCGAGGGACGAACAGACCACGUCAGCGGCUAGCGUCGAACCUCCUCAGUCAAGUCCAGUUACUAUGAAAGAACUCUACAGUCGAGCCGGUGAAAUACUGAAGACAAUCUGCAUUGAGAAGGAGAAAUCACAAGAGGAUGAAGAACAGGUGGAUGAGGAAAAAAGACCACAGCGGUUUCCGCAUCGACUGCUUCGAGAAAAGCCUGCUGCUCCGCCUUAA